AUGGCGAACGGUCACCAUGAUAGCAUCCCCGUCAAGGAAGCGGACAUGGACAACAUCGAACAUAUGGAGAACAUCCUCAAGCCAACACCUUCGCACUUCGAAAAGCUCUACCUCGCUCCCGAGCAAGCAGUCGCCGGCAAGCUUCGCCUAACCUUUGCCAACCCGACCCCAAUUGCCCUCGGCGGCUUUCUGCUUGCCAACACUCCAGCAACAAUCAUGCUGAUGGGCUGGCACGGGGCUGGCGCUGGCGUGGGCAACGCUAGUGCCGAUACUGGAGCAUACUUCUUUUGUGGCGCCAUCCUGCUGUACUUCGGUGCCGUAGGUGAAUGGAUCUUAGGGAACACGUAUCCAGCUACGGUAUUCUUCACCUUCGGUGGCUUCUGGGGGACGUUUGGAGCAACCCUGACGCCUUUCUUCAACGCGGUGAACGGCUACGGCAACGACCCGGCGGGCUUCUACAACAGCUUCGCCAUGUUUCUGAUCUUCAUGGCGGUGCUGUGUCUAUUGUACGCUAUCGCGGCACUCCGGACGAACAUUUGCCUGGUGAUCAUCCUGGUGUGCUUCACGGUCACCUUCCCAUGCCUCGCAGCGAGCUACUUCUACACCGCCGAUGGUCUCGGACCAGCCACUGCCACCAGAGUUGUCGGUGCUGCAUUCGCGUUUGUUGCAAGCAUGGUCGCUUGGUAUUUGUGGUUCUCCAUGGUACUCGAAUCUGUCGAUUUCCCGCUGACCCUACCAGUCGGUGACCUUAGCGGCUUUAUCAAGGGCAAGAGUGAUAAGCUGAAGCAGGCAGAGCACAUGGCUUGA